GGAGCGGCGAGCUAGUGGGUAGGCGGACUGGGCAUGCUCCGCGGCGGCGCAGGUUUUGGUCAUAAGUAGGAAGAAGCUAGAGCACGACACCGGCAAAGAGAAGCGGGAGCUGCCGGCGCACCGCGGCUGUGGGGGCCGCCGCCGCCGCCUCGGAGCAGGAGCGGGGCGGGACUCGAGCGGGCGAGGGUCCAGGCCGUCGGGCAGAGGGCCACCCAGCCUCCCCUCCCGUCCGCUUCUGUCCGCGCGGUGCGCCGGACGUCUGGGUCGGUCGCCCGAGCGGCGAGGACCCCGUGCCCAGGAGCGGACCGGACCCUCAUUCUGCCGACUGCGGCCCGAGGGCGCCCCCGCGGGGCCAAGCCGCCCUCGCCUUCUGCGGGCAGCUGAGUGUCCGGCCCGGGCUGCGCGCCCGGAGCCCGGAGCGGCCGCCACUAGCCCGGGGGACCAGGAUAGGGGGCGGCCAUGGGGCUGCUGUCCCAGGGCUCGCCCCUGAGCUGGGAGGAGACCCAGCGCCACGCCGACCACGUGCGACGGCACGGGAUCCUCCAGUUCCUGCACAUCUACCACGCCGUCAAGGACCGGCACAAGGACGUGCUCAAGUGGGGCGACGAGGUUGGUUCUCUCUCCUCUCCUUGACCAGCGGCUUGCAGAGGCUUAACUCUCCCUUGUGGUACCUCUGCAUCUCUGGGCAGAGAGAAGGUGGAAUACAUGUUGGUAUCUUUCGAUCAUGAAAGUAAAAAAGUCCAGUUGGUCCUGUCUGGAGAGGAACUUCUUGAAACUCUACAAGAAAAGGGGGAAAGGACAAACCCAAACCAUCCUACCCUUUGGAGACCAGAGUAUGGGAGCUACAUGAUCGAAGGGACUCCCGGCCAGCCGUACGGAGGGACCAUGUCCGAGUUCAACACGGUGGAGGACAAUAUGAGGAAACGCCGCAAAGAGGCCACGUCUUUACUGGGGGAAAACCAGGCUCUCUGCACAAUCACUUCAUUUCCCAGAUUAGGCUGCCCGGGGUUCACGCUGCCUGAGUACAAGCCCAACCCCGUGGAAGAAGGAGCUUCCAAGUCCCUCUUCUUUCCAGACGAAGCGAUAAACAAGCACCCGCGUUUCAGUACCCUAACAAGAAACAUCCGGCACAGGAGAGGGGAGAAAGUUGUCAUCAAUGUCCCAAUAUUUAAGGACAAGAACACACCGUCUCCAUUUAUAGAAACAUUUCCUGAGGAUGAUGAAGCAGCGAAGGCUUCUAAGCCGGACCACAUUUACAUGGAUGCCAUGGGCUUUGGGAUGGGCAAUUGCUGUCUCCAGGUAACGUUCCAAGCCUGCAGCAUCUCUGAGGCCAGAUACCUUUAUGAUCAGUUGGCCACUAUCUGCCCAAUUGUCAUGGCUUUGAGUGCUGCGUCUCCUUUUUACCGAGGCUAUGUGUCAGACAUUGAUUGUCGCUGGGGCGUGAUUUCUGCAUCUGUAGAUGAUAGAACUCGGGAGGAGAGAGGCCUGGAGCCAUUGAAGAACAAUAGGUAUAGGAUCAGUAAGUCCCGAUACGAUUCAAUAGACAGUUACUUAUCUGAGUGCGGUGAGAAAUACAAUGACAUCGACCUGACGAAAGACGAAGAAAUCUACGAACAGCUGUUGCAGGAAGGCAUCGAUCAUCUCCUGGCCCAGCAUGUGGCUCACCUCUUCAUCAGAGACCCGCUAACUCUGUUUGAAGAGAAAAUCCACCUGGACGACGCCAAUGAGUCUGACCAUUUCGAGAAUAUUCAGUCCACAAAUUGGCAGACGAUGAGAUUCAAGCCUCCUCCUCCAAACUCCGACAUUGGGUGGAGAGUAGAAUUCCGGCCCAUGGAGGUGCAGUUGACAGACUUCGAGAACUCUGCGUACGUGGUGUUUGUGGUGCUGCUCACCAGGGUGAUCCUCUCCUACAAACUGGACUUUCUCAUCCCUCUGUCGAAGGUUGAUGAGAACAUGAUAGCAGCACAGAAGCGCGAUGCUGUCCUGCAGGGAAUGUUUUAUUUCAGAAAAGAUAUUUGCAAAGGUGGCAAUGCGGUGGUGGAUGGCUGCGGCAAGGCCACAGGCAGCGCGGAGCAGGCGGCGGUGGCGGCAGCGGCAGAGUACACACUUAUGAGCAUUGACACCAUCAUCAAUGGCAAGGAAGGGGUAUUCCCGGGGCUGAUCCCCAUCCUGAACUCUUACCUGGAAAACAUGGAGGUGGAUGUAGACACCAGAUGCAGUAUCCUGAACUACCUAAAGCUGAUUAAGAAGAGGGCGUCAGGGGAAUUGAUGACAGUUGCCAGAUGGAUGAGGGAGUUUAUCGCAAACCAUCCGGACUACAAGCAAGACAGUGUGAUAACUGAUGAAAUGAACUAUAGCCUCCUUUUAAAGUGUAACCAGAUUGCAAACGAAUUAUGUGAAUGUCCAGAGUUACUUGGACCAGCAUUUAGGAAAGUAAAAUACAGCGGAAGUAAAAUCGACGCUUCUAGCUAGAUAUCCUGCAGAAAGAGAGACGUGUUACUGUGUUACCGAAGGAUUGACCCAGGACUCACAGCCUGCACACACGUAGUGUGAGGGUCAGAUGAUAGCACUGCACUGUUUCCUGGGCCGCUCGGUAGGAGUGGGUUUAGAGGCUUCCUCCAGUUAGGUAGAUCUAGAGUUUAUACAGUGUAUAUGUACAUAGUAAAGUAUUUUUAUGAUUAACAGUGUAUUUUAAUAACAUUGUAUGGAAAGUCAUUGUGAACUGGCUUGUACAUUUUUUCAGUUCUUGCUCUGGAACAGCUACUGUCAAAGCAGUUUUGUAAAUGUAAUGUACUGGUAAUUGUACUAUAUCUGCAUUCCAGAGUUUAAAAUGAUUACUGUAAAUUUUUGUUUUUUUAAAGACUUUACCCCGGGACCUGAUUCACUGCAGCCUGUUGCUUCGCCUUACAGUUUGUUCUGCUAAUUUUCUUUGAGUCGUCUCCUUUGGUGUACAUAUAAAAUCACUAUUGAAUCCACUGAAGUGCUUCAAGGGGAAUCUUGGAUUUCUGGCACCUUAUCUAUGAUGAUUCUUUUGUAAUUUGAUUAGCUAACUGUGGAUAACCCUGUCCAUAGCUUUUACCACUAAACAAAAACCAUCGAACUUAUUUGUUUAAACUUACUAAUUUUGGCAUUGACUUUGAAGGCUACUCUGUUGGAAGAAAGACAGGUAGUGAUGAUUGGGGCUGAUAUUCUCUUUUGAAAAAUGGGGGAGAAUCGUUCUUCCCCUGUACACACCAAGAAUAAUGUCAAAAAUGCCACAAUGGAGUUCUCCCGUGGUGUAGCAGGUUAAGGAUCGGGUGUUGUCACUGCAGUGGCUUGGGUCAUUGCUGUGGCUUGGGUUUGAUCCCUGGCCUGGGAAAUUCCACAUGCUGCGAGCACGGCCAAAAAAAAAAGCCACCAGCUCUUCUGUUGUGGCCUGUUUGUUCUGAUUGCUGCUGUAUACUUAAAAUUUCAAAUUGAACACAUUUGCUAAAGUUUCUAUUUGGUUACUUUUUCUCUAGUUUCCAGUAAUCACAUUAUAUUCUUCUAAAAAGCGAUUCAUUCUAGAUUUUACUUGGGGAAUAUUCUUUAUACAACUUACCUUCUCUUUGAGACUCAUAAUUAAAUCAUGAUAUGCACUAAGUUUUGUGAAUCAGGACCCUAAAUGUUUAAUUGUAAAUAAUUUAAUUUUCACACAAUUGUUAGAGCUUUUUGUUCAAGGUUUUUUUCCCCAAUUAAAAGUUUCAACUGCUUCUGAAAUAACUAUGUAUAGUAGAUUAUGCAAACCUUUACAGGCAUAAAUAUUUAAACUGUAAUGCUAAUUUUAAGAAGUUGCAAUAAAGCUUCAGCUAAGCCUGUGUAUGUACAAAUACUAAGGUUUGUAUUAUAUUUCAUACAUGCAUUUUGGAGGAUUAAAGAAUGCCUGCUUUUCCUUUGCAACUUGCUUGUGUAAAUUCAGGUUCUAAAAAGGCAGUAAUAUGUUUGUGGUAUGAGGAAAUAAAAGAAUGGAAUUGGCAUUGC